AUGUUUAAGAAUUCUGUUUCUCCAAUUCUUAAAACGCUUUAUAAAUUUCCAGUGCAAUUGCCUGUUUUUGCUUCCAGAAACAAGGGGAUAGCCAUUCGUGCAUUCACCUCAAAAGUGAAGAAAACAUCUUCAGAUCAAGACUUUGCGGUCCCUUCUGUUGACGAGGAAGAAGAUAUGCUUAAUAAUUUGAUGGGGAACGUCAAGGUUAAAUCUGCAGCAGAAGAUGGCAUUGCCGUUGAAGAUGUUAUUUUAAAGCACCCAGAGUUACUGAAAGAUGCACCUGCUCCUUUAAGAAAAGCUGUAGAACAAACACUAGCCGCCAGAAAACUCAAGUCUGGAGACAAGAACCCAGAGUCUUCAUAA